UGCAAACGUCGCGCGCAUACGCGGUUCCAAAAUGGCAGCGGCUACGGAUGAGCUGAUUUUGCUGGAGCGAGUCUUUCUUCGUUUAGGCUCGGUCGAAACAGAUGAACAGCUGCAGGCGGCAAUAUGUAAAUUUCUACCUCCGGUUCUUCUCAAACUGUCUAGCUCUCAGGAGGGAGUUAGGAAAAAAGUAAUGGAACUUUUAAUACAUAUAAAUAGAAGAAUCAAAAGCAGACCACAAGUUCAACUACCUGUAGAAGCUUUGCUAUUGCAGUAUCAAGAUCCUGCAGCCAGUUCAUUUGUAAUUAAUUUCACAAUUAUAUAUAUUAAGCUUGGCUAUCCUCGUAUGGAAAUAAAUAAACAAGCAGAAUUAAUUCCAAGCGUAUUGAAUGCUAUACAAGGAAAGCCAUUAUCACAUCAGGACAGCUUAAUGAGUAUAAUAAUGCCAGCAUUGGCUCGUGUAAAAAUACCAAUGGAUCCAGAGAAGAGAGCAUCGCUUCUUGGAUUACAAGAUGAGCCCCAGAUAGCAAAACAAUUACUUAAUUUCAUGUUGGACGUGUUAUUAUUACCUUAUGGUUCAAUCGCACAAAGUAAUAAUCAACAACCAAGGCAACCGGUCGACUGUUCUCAAUACACAGUCCCUCCUGGAUUGAGUGAAUAUGCAUUUAAGCGAGUUAUAGGGGAAAAUCCUCCUACAGCGGAGCAACUUGAACAAACAAAGCUAGGAAUUGUCAAAUUUCUUGCUGGAGGAUUUUUUUCUGAUUCUGACAUUCUUAUUCAUUUGAUAGUUGCAGCGGCUGAUACUCGAUUUAGUGUUGCCAACUUAGCCGAUUUAGAAUUAAAAAAAAUUUCCAUUCUCUUGAGAUGGUCAUCGAUGGAAUUAGCCCAACCACUUUACGCAUUAUUUUUAGGAACUGACGCUCUAGCUACGCAAAAGGAUGUGAAACCCGAUAUGAAAAGAACUCCUGCUUGUAUUCGAAUUCGGCUGAAAUUAUUACGUUACCUCUUACGUGUAACACAUACCCUUGUUAUUCCCCCCUGUAUUCAGGUCAUUUUUGAAUCAUUGUAUGGUGAAAAUAAUACGAAUUUUAAGCUCAAGACUUUGGCACUUCAAUUUACAUUAAAUAUCGUUGAACAAUGUAAUGAAACAGAAAUUGCCAGAGUAGCAAAAGUUAUUUUAAAUGGUAUGAUGCGAUUGAUCAAUGAAGAAACUGAGUCACAGCAUAGGCUAUUGGCCUUUAAAAUCCUCGAGCAACUUGUCCUCAGAAUGCCAAGUCUUGUUAAUAAAGAUCUGAGUUUGCUGCAAAACUUUUUCGACAUGCUUACAAAGAAUAAGGGCGAUUGUGAUCUGCAACGAUCUGUACGAGAUGCCCUGAUUGGCAUAAAGAGUGCAUUUAUACUUAAUAAAGACGAUGAUACUGGAAUAUCAUUAAUGGCUGGCUUAUUAGCAGCUCAUAUAGAGUCUCCCGAAGCUGAUGUCAGAUUCGUCGCGGUUCUUUAUAUAGCCACUGUUUUUCCACCAAAUCAUGCUCCAUCUAGAUAUUUAUUACUAUUGGCCUGUGGUGAUUCAAAAUCGGAUGUUCAAUUUGAAGCUUUAAAGUCGCUUUACGGAACUUCCUACAAAAACGAACGCUACAAGUAUGUCACGAAAUACAAUUCAGUGCCAGAUUUUCUACAGCUUAUAUCAUAUAUUCACUCAAAAGCCGAAAGAAGAAUAAGUAGUAAUAACAAAGUGACAAUCGGAAACAAAGUUCUGCCUUUUAAUACCGCUACGUGUGUUGAGAUUAUAUCAUAUCUUCGCAUUUGUUUGGCAAAGAGCUCUAAUAUUGCAAUUGAAAGCGAUUCUUUAGAACACCCAUGCGAAUUCACUCCAUUAAUAGGUCGUUAUUUGGAAAAAUUAUAUAAUGAAAAUCCUUCUAGCUUAUAUCAUUACAUAGAUAUUGUUGUACUUUUUGGACAAGUUACCGGAGAUGAGGUUGCUUUAAGUGCUUUGCUUGAAAUAGUUGGAACAAUUCCAACUUAUGUUGUUGAGCGUUAUGAAAAAGAACAGGCUUGGAUUCAAUCGUUAUUAUCGUCGACAAAGGAAUACGUAAGAGAUCUUGCAGCGAAGAUAUGUGGUAUUUUCAUGGCCUAUGUCUCGACAAAUGAAUUCGAGAAUCAAAUUUCUAAAAUGUUGAAAAUAACGAAGGAUAAGCUUUUAGAAAAUCAGCAAGGAGCUAUACUUGCCCUGUCUUACUCCAUGGAAAGGAAAUUGAAUUUGCAAAGAAAUGAAGAUAAAAAUACAUUAGUAAAUUGGAAUACGUACAUCGAUACAGUAAUGGCAAUUUGCGAAUUUCUUAAUGUUAAUAAUCCAAUGUUAUUAACGGCUGCAAUUAAUGGUAUUGGAGUAAUUGGUAAAACUUUUGCAUUACCUUUGCCGUCUGAUACAGAAAAAACUUAUAGUAAAAAAAGUGUCGUAGAGAAAUUGUUUUCUAUUUUUAUGAAUUCAAAAUCGAAUUUAAAGAUGAAGGAAAAAAUUGCAUUAACUUUAGGAUACGUAUGUAUCGGAGAGGACUUCCCCCACAGUAAAAUAAUUAUAGAAAAAUUUAUCGAAAUAGCUAACGAAACAAAGGAUAUCAGCUUACAUUUAUCUAUCGGAGAGGCUUUGAUAUGUUGUAUACAGGGUCCUGCUUCAACCGAGGCAAGAGAUGCAUGGAAAACUCUCCCUUCUGAACAUAAUGUUCCUUAUACAAAAGAAAGUAAUGACUUAUUGAAUUUUAUUGUCGAACGAUUAUUAUCAUCUGCCAGUAAACCACAUCCUAACUCACGACAGGCUAUCUGUAUAUGGCUUCUGACAAUUUUAAAAUAUAAUUCUAAACGGCAGUAUGUCCUUGAAAAACUGCCAGCUAUUCAACAAGCGUUUCUCGAUUUCUUAACAGAAAAUAAUGAUAUUGUUCAAGAAAUUGCUUCAAAAGGUUUAUACUUGGUUUACAAAAUUUGUCCAGAAAGCGACAGAACAACAUUAACUUCGACAAUGUCGAGUCAAUUAUUACGUGGAAAAAGAGAAGUGCAAAAAGCUACCGACGGUACACAAAUAUACGAAGAGGAUCAUUUAGCAAAAUACUCAACCACUGGAAAUAUGUCAACGUACAAGGAAAUAUUCUCAUUAGCUGCCGAUUUGAAUAAACCAGAAUUAAUUUAUUACUUUUUACACCUGUCCAAUAAUAAUGCACUAUGGACAUCCAAAAAAAUUACUGCCUUAGGAUUUUCUGAGCUACCCAAUUUAGAUAAUGAAGAUAUCUCGGCAUAUUUACCAAAGAUUAUACCGAAAUUGUACAGAUAUCGGUUUGAUCCGAUAGUAAAGGUUCAACAAAGUUUUACGACUAUUUGGCGUGUCGUUGGGGCUUCAAUGCUCGACAAAUACUGUAAAGAAAUAUUAGACGAUAUUACACGAAAUUUAACCCACGGUCAAUUUCGUGUGCGAAUCAGCUGUUGUUUGGCUUUAACCGAUCUGUUGAAAUCUUUUAAUCUUUCGUUAAAUUAUGUGGAAGCAGCUCCAAAAUUGUGGAAACAACUAUUCAGAGUUAUGGACGAUAUUCAUGAAGGUACAAGACAAGAAGCAACUAAUACUGCCACAUUUUUCAGUCAGUUUGUGGCUCGUAAGUGUAAUGUAAUUCGUGGAAAAUCUGGUGAAGAGCUUUUACGAGCAGUAUUGCCAGUUUUAUUAGACGAUGGAGUCACUCACACAGUCUCAGCCAUACGAUUGAUAUCUCUGCAAACGAUAUCUUAUCUCGUAUCGUCAGCUGGAAAUUUAAUUAAGCCCGCGCUUCCAACAUUGAUUCCCGCUCUUCUGAACGAUAUCGGCGAAGUUGAAAAUAAUCAAUUGCUGUACAUUCGUAACUUGACAUCUAAUUCAUCGGAGAUGCAAGAGCUUAUUGAUAAUGCAACUGUACAAGAGACUAAAUAUCAUUUUUCUACGGACACAAUGACUAGAUGUAUACAAUAUAUCGAUGCAGCAAUAUUGAAGGAUUUAAUGCCUAAUGUCAUAGAACUUAUUAAAUCAAGUUUGAAAUUGGGAACGAAGCUAGCUUGUUCGAAUUUCCUUAUAAAGCUCGGUGCACACAUGAAAAAUGAGCUUCAGCCGUACGCUGGCAAAAUAUUAGCAGCUCUUAUCAAUGGUUUAACAGAUCGAAAUGCUGCGAUAAAAAAAAAUAAUGCAGUGACAAUUGGUUACAUCGUAGGGUGCGCAAAGGAAUCUAGUCUAGAUAAAUUGUUCAAUAUGUUAAAUACUUGGUACAUGGAACGAGAGGAUGAUUCAAUACGUUUAGUGAUCGGUCAGACUCUACAGUCAAUACAUAAUUACAAUCAGGAUAUCUUGAAAAAGUACUGCCACAUUGUGAUGCCAUUGAUUUUCUUCGGAAUGCAUCUGGAUACGAUUCCCGGCACGAACGAGAAAACCGUGAAGCUGUGGUCGGAACUGUGGUUCCAGGUAGCGCCACGGAUGGGAGGCGCCCGACAAAAUUUAGGUCCCAUUAUAGCCACCCUCAAUACAGCCUUGGAGUCGUCUUCUUGGACCACCAAAAGCCAAGCGGCGAACGCCGUGUCUACGGUAGCGAUCAAACUCGGGUCCACCAUUGACGACGACACCAGGAAUACGUUGCUUAAUAUUCUGAUUAAGGGCUUACAAGGCAGAACUUGGAAUGGGAAGGAGCAACUGCUCAAUGCUCUGUCAACGCUUGCAUGUAACAGCAAAGAAUACUUAAAGAAUGAUUCAAAUUUAAAGGACGUGAUUGUCGUAGCUUUAUACAAAGAAAGCAAGAAGGAAGACUUGGAAUAUCGUCACCAUGCUUUAAAAGCUUUCACCGAGGUCUUACACGAAUUGGACGAAGAUAAGUUUACACAAGUUUAUGAAAUUGCACAAGAAGUUUUACCCAAGUUAACGAAAAAGAGCGAGGAUGACGACGAUGACUCAAUUGAAGAGAAUAAAAAGAAACGAGAGAAGAAGAUGAAACUACAGGAAACAAUUUAUGAAGGUCUUGGAAAAGCUUGGCCAACUUGUAAAGAGACUCAAGAUCAGUAUUGUUUACAAUUUGUAUCGCACUGUUUCGAUACAUUACCAACGAGUACGAGACCGGUGCAAGUUGCCAUACUAAUAACGUUAAGUCGUUACGUCGACAAACUCGUUUUACUAAAAACUGAUUUCAGUCAAACAUCAGACAAGGAUAAAGAAGUAUUAGAUUUAAUUUGUAGUACUCUUCUUAAAAUUUUACGAUACGCAAUAGGAAUUGCCAAGUAUACUAGAAUAAGGAAAGAAGCAUUGAAUAUUGUGAUAUCUCUAUCAAGAAAGUUGAGUAAUACGCAGAAUGUUAAACAACUAAAUUUCAUAACUGCUCUAAUGAAUGACAUGUUGACCGAAUUAUCAAAAGAUAAUCAACCAGAAAUCCGAUCUAGGGUUGUUGAUAUUAAGGGUAUGCUUAAAUUAUAAAUAAUAUUCGUAAAGGAAUAUUAAUGCAUACGAGAUCAAAUGUGAUUUGACGAAUGGUCAGAUAUUUGUCUAAAGCAUAUUUGCAAUAAUUUCGAACCAUGUCAAACAAUAUUUAUUUAAUUUUGCA